UAAACCAGAAACCCAACCCAACCCAUCACUUUCCCUUCCCGUCUCGGCGUCUCGCUCCGGAUCCCCCACUCCCAGACCCGCCAAGCGCCGGCCACCGCCAUUUCGGAUCCGGGCUCGCUCGCGGUCGCGGGUCCCCGAACCCGGCCGCCGAGCUCCUCGCUGCCGGGCGGCGGCGGCGGCCGCCAUGAAGCGCGCGCGCAGCUCCGAGGGAUUCCUCGGCGUGUGCCGGCUGCGCUCGCGCCGCGGCCUGGCGCCGCUCCUCGCCGCGGCGGCGUUCGCCUACCUACUGUUCGUGUCCGUCAAGCUCGCUGGACUCAGCGGCGCGGUGGGGACCGCGCCUGCCGUCGGCCGUCGCCUCGCCACCGCCGGCGCGGGUAAGCUGCCGCCGCUGCGGCGGCGGGUCGACAAGCCGCCCGCGCGCGCGAUGGGUGGUACGAGCGGCGGGGGCGUGUCCGGGUACGGCCGCAUCAUCAACGAGAUGCUCCGGCGGCAGGAGGCCGUCUGGGAGCGGCGGAAGCGGUGGGGCCGGCUGGGGAACUUCACGGAGCUGGAGCGCUUGGCGGCCAAGGCGUGGGCGCUCGGGGCCGUCGCGUGGGAGGAGGCCUCCGCGUUCGCCGGCGACGUCGACGACAUCGCCGGGGACGGGGAGGGCGCUGCGGCCAAGUGCCCCGGCUCGCUCACGCUCAACGCUGGGGAGACCGAGGCGUUCCUGCCGUGCGGGCUGGCCGCCGGGUCGGCGGUGACGGUGGUCGGGAUGGCGCGAGAGGCGCGGCCCGAGUACGUCGAGGCGCUGGAGCGGAGCGGCGCGGGCAACGGGACGGUGCUGGUGGCGCAGUUCGCGGUGGAGCUGCGUGGCCUGCGCGCCGUCGACGGCGAGGAGCCGCCUAGGAUACUCCACCUCAACCCGCGGCUGCGCGGCGACUGGAGCGGCCGUUCCGUGCUGGAGAUGAACACCUGCUUCCGAAUGCAGUGGGGCAGGGCGCAGCGCUGCGACGGCACCCCCUGGCCCUCCAGUGAUCUUCACCUGGUUGAUGGAUUCAGAAAAUGUGAGGGAUGGGAGCGACAGGACAUAGUUGAAUCGAAAGAAACAAAGACAAGUUCAUGGUUCAACAGAUUCAUCGGGCGGGAAAAGAAACCAGAAAUGACAUGGCCAUUCCCAUUUUCAGAGGGGAAGAUGUUUGUUCUCACUAUCCAAGCUGGCGUUGAAGGAUAUCAUAUUAAUGUGGGAGGCCGCCAUGUUGCCUCAUUUCCUCAUAGGAUGGGAUUCACUCUCGAAGACGCAACAGGUUUAGCCGUAACAGGGGGCAUAGAUGUUCACUCUGUGUAUGCAACAGCACUUCCAACGGCUCAUCCUAGUUUUUCUCUCCAACAAGUCUUGGAAAUGUCUGAAAGGUGGAAGGCUCACCCUCUGCCUAAGGAACCAAUUCAUCUUUUCAUCGGUAUCCUCUCUGCUACAAACCAUUUUGCUGAGCGCAUGGCUAUUAGGAAAACUUGGAUGCAGUUUCCGGCUAUCCAAUCGGGGAAUGCAGUUGCUCGGUUUUUUGUCGCGCUGAGCCACAGAAAGGAGAUAAACGCAGCACUAAAGAAGGAAGCAGAAUAUUUUGGAGACAUAGUCAUUCUGCCAUUUAUGGACCGGUAUGAGCUGGUGGUUCUGAAGACAGUUGCGCUAUGUCAAUACGGGGUGCAAAAUGUCACUGCAGAUUACAUCAUGAAGUGUGAUGACGACACCUUUGUGAGGCUGGAUGUAGUAUUGCAACAGAUCGCUGCCUACAACAGAACCUUACCUCUGUAUCUGGGCAACCUGAAUCUCUACCACAGUCCUCAAAGAAGCGGGAAAUGGGCUGUCACCUUUGAGGAAUGGCCUGAAGCGGCGUAUCCCCCGUACGCCAAUGGACCUGGCUACGUUAUCUCGGCCGACAUCGCGAGAGACAUAGCAUCCCGGCAUACAAAUCACUCCCUACGGCUGUUCAAGAUGGAGGAUGUGAGCAUGGGCAUGUGGGUGGAGGACUUCAACGCGAGCGCCCCCGUGCAGUACGUCCACAGCUGGAGGUUCUGCCAGUUCGGCUGCGUGGAUUACUACUUGACGGCGCACUACCAGUCCCCCUGGCACAUGCUGUGCCUCUGGGAGAAACUGUCAGCAGGGCGCCGGGAUUGCUGUAACUACAUAUAACAUGAGGCUCCCAGGGGAGAGGUGGACAUGAUCUUUCGUUCCAUUCGGCCCUGGCUUCAGUUCCAUAUAUAGAAUCAUCUGCUCGACGACUAACUGCAGAAACCGUCAUCUCGAUCUUGACAUCACAAUGUUGUUUGGUUCUUUAUACAUUGAAUGUAUACUAGAUAGUGUGAUCAACUGCUGCUGCAUCUUCAGUUCUUCAUAAGAGGAAUGCAGACAUGAGGAGAGUUGGUGGGGGAAUUCACAUUGGCUGCUUGUACAGGCGCCUGCCCAUUUGUAAAACUGCAAAUUUGUGCCCACUGAUUUGGUGGACUGUCUGAAAUAGUGAAAUGGAAUGCAAAUCUAUGCCCACUGAUUGUAU